UUGAGAUGAUGGGGUUGGACCAGAACUAGGGUGGGACCAGACAGGGGCUGUCUCUUUUUCAAGCUAAGGGGGAUGUACAUGCAAGUAACCUUGCCUGGUUCAGAGCUGAACUGCUGUGACCCUCUUACCCUUGUCUGGUGUGAGCUUCUGGAGGCCACUGAGGCAGAGCCAGAGGCUCCAGCUGCAGAGCUCCAGCCAGCAGCAGAAGCAGAGCAGUGGGCAGUGGUGGAGGUAGAGCUGGCUCCAGCUCCAUUGACACCACCCUCUCUAGCGCUGGAGCCAGCAUCCCCUCCAUCAGCGGCAUUGGAGCUGGAGCAAGGGCCAACAUCGGCUCCAGCAGGAGUGGGAGCUGCUGAGCUGGAGUCACCUGGACCAUCAUUUCUAGUGGGAAGUCCAUCUCCAUUUGUGGCUGUUAAGGAGCGUGAGAAGAAGCCUAACCUCACGGCCUUCCCUCCUAAGCUGGUGGUGGAGCAGUUGACCGUGAUGGAUGCGGAGCUCUUCCAGAAGGUGGUGCCCUCUCAGUGCCUGGGCUCCACCUGGGGCAAGAGGAACAAGCCCGGCCAUGAGCACCUGGCACCCACCGUCCGGGCCACUCUCGACCACUUCAGAAGGGUAGCCAGCCUCGUCAUCACCACCUACCUUGGGGACCCGAGCAUGAUGGCCCAGGACAGGGAGUGGGAGAGCCUGAAGAACUCCUCUCUCUGCACUGUCAUCUCUGUUCUGCAGAAAACAUCCAUAUGCCACCUGAAGAACACAUGGGGGAAGUUUCCUGGGAGAGCUCUGAAAAACUUAAGGAGCACUAUAGCCAAGACGAGUCCUUGAGCAGAGAACUGAUGACCAAGGUAGAGUGGAGG